AUGUGUCCUGGAUUCUAUAACUCAUUUUUCGGUUCAAUGUUCCAAGCUUUUAGUGCUGAUAUCAUUGAAGCUGCUUUCAAUACGAAGAAAGACAGAAUACAGAGGAUUUUAAACAAACAGGAUGUGGGCGUUUUUGUAAAAGCUUCAGAAGAGCAAAUCAAGGCCUUGAGCCACCCUGAAGAAAACGGCGUAUGGCCUCUCUGGGAAGGACUAAAAGGAGCUGUCAAUAUCUUCAAGAGAUGGCCUUUACAAGAAAACGAAUAUGGAAAGCUUUACAGGGUCGAUUUAGUGGAAUACAGGAGGCUACAAGAUUUAGAAAUUGCCAUUUCUUUCAUGAAUUAUUUCACAAGGAGGAAUGUCUACUCCAAUGUACAAUUCCAGGGCCACAAAGAUUUCACUGAAUCUGAGAAUCUUGAAACGGUUUGUUUUGAGAUUAAGGCUGAUGGGAAUGAGGAAGUUGUUCUUGUAGGAAAGAAGAACGUGAUCCACCAUUUGGAGAAGGAAGCGAAAGAGCUGGCUUUUGGUUAUCGAUCAAUGGAAGAACUUGAAGAAAUUUUCGACAGCCAAAACGAUGAAUACUUCGUCAAAGGGCCUCGUUCAUUUGAGCCAGAAGCUCGGGCUGAUGCCUAA